AUGGCAGAGUGCACGCGCUGCUGUCUUGCGUUCCACGAUAUUUCACCCCAAGCUCCAACGCAUUUCCUAGUGGUUCCUAAGAAGCCAAUUGUCAGGCUAUCUGAAGCAGAAGAUUCUGAUGAAUCUCUUCUUGGGCAUUUAAUGAUUGUUGGCAAGAAGUGUGCUGCUAACCUGGGCCUGACCAAUGGAUUCCGGAUGGUUGUGAAUGAAGGGCCUGAGGGUGGGCAGUCUGUCUAUCACGUACAUCUCCAUGUUCUGGGUGGUCGUCAACUGGGCUGGCCUCCUGGCUAAGAUUUUUACACCACAAGAGUUAACUGCAUGCAUACAAAUUACCACCAAAUAGAUUUAAUAUGUUGCCCAUCAAUCUAUCCACUGUUAAUGUAUUUUUUUUUGAAUGUGUGUCUACAAAGGGUAAUAAAUACUCUGAACAACAUUCGCACAAUAAAGAUUUAGCAUGUGGGAGUCA